CCGGCUCCACCCCCGGGCCGGGCGGGGCUUCCGGGCGGGGCUUCCGGGUGGGCUCCGCGCCGGCGGGUCUUCACCCCCAGAGCCGUGGCGGAGCCGCCGGAUGCCUACGCGUCGCGGGGCCCAGCUUUCCUGCACAAUGCGGCAGAAAAAGCAGCGACUAUUGGAGGCCAGGCGGCAUCAGAGCCCAUCAGAUGGGACCCAGAAACCUUCUCCCAAGGAGCUGCACCUGGGGCCGCCCGCAACCCUGGGCCCCACACGCAGCAUCUAUUUCUCAAGCCCAGAGGGCCAUCCUGCUCGCCUGGGAUCAGCAUUUUUCGACCAGCCCGCAGUGUCCCUGGCCCGGGCGUUUCUCGGACAGAUCUUAGUCCGACGGCUGGAUGACGGCACAGAGCUCCGCGGCCGCAUUGUGGAGACUGAGGCAUACUUGGGGCCAGAGGAUGAAGCUGCCCAUUCAAGGGGCGGCCGGCAGACCCCCCGCAACUGUAGCAUGUUCAUGAAGCCCGGAACCCUCUACGUGUAUCUCAUCUAUGGCAUGUAUUUCUGCAUGAACGUCUCCAGCCGAGGGGACGGGGCAUGUGUCCUGCUCCGAGCGCUGGAGCCCCUGGGGGGCCUGGAGGCCAUGCGGCAGCUUCGCCACACCCUCCGCAAAGGCACUGCUGGACGAGCCCUCAAAGACCGUGAGCUCUGCAACGGCCCCUCCAAGCUGUGCCAGGCCCUGGCCAUCGACAGGAGCUUCGACCAGCGUGACCUGGCCAGGGACGAGUCUGUGUGGCUGGAGCAGGGCCCCCCCACUCCCAGUGAGCCGGCCGUGGUGGUGGCAGCCCGUGUGGGCAUAGGGCAGGCUGGCGAGUGGGCCCAGAAGCCCCUGCGCUUCUAUGUGCGGGGCAGCCCCUGGGUCAGCGUGGUGGACAGGGCAGCGGAGCGGGACACACAGGCUGGAGCCACGGCCUGCUCCCACAAGGACUUUAAUUGUUUACAAACGAAAUAAACGCUGUUUCUAGAAAAGUGUCCCUUG